CUUUCUCUUUAUGAUGACUCUCCCUAUCUCUCUCUCUCUACUUUUUUGUACGUAUUAAAAAGCGCUCUCUCUCUCUCUAUUAUUCACAGCCAUUCACAAAUAUAAACUCCCACAUUGCUAAUCCCCACACUUUCCGCCAUUUCAACCAACCAUCUGCUCCCUCAAACUUGAAAAUUUUCUGCCAUUUCGAAGCAAAAAUUUCUAUGUAAUAGUGUUUAUUUCGGAAUUAAACAACUUUUGAAGGUGAUUUUUCAGAGAAUUUGAACGGACUGUCGCCGGAGAAGAUGCAGGCGAGUUCUGCAAUAUCGCUCUCUCCCAGCUUCAACAGCUAUUCCAACAGUAAACUGGCCGAAAUCGCCGCGCGCGUCGUCGAAGAGUUCGGCUCUCAGGAACUCUACGACGAGGAUUUUUACUUCGAGAGGGAGGAAAACUCGGCGACUCGACAAUCGGAGGAAGGAGCGAAUCCUGAUUUUGUGAAGAAUAGCGUUGAGGAAGGAGAUUGUGAGUAUGUAGAAAGUGAAAGAGAAAAUCGUGUUGACGACGACGAGGAAUUCGAGUUCGCUUUCGUGACGAGAGAUUCCGAGUUGCCCUCUCCGAUUUCCGCCGACGAGAUCUUCCACAACGGCCAGAUUCGACCGGUCUACCCAGUUUUCAACAGAGAUUUGUUUCUGGAGAGUUUGGAAUUUCCGCGCGAAAAUCGCAAGGACGAAAAAGGCGACGGUCGUGAGAAGGCUCCGACGAUUCGGCUGCCAUUGAGAAAACUGUUUAAUGAGGAAAGGGAGACGACGAUGACGAUGACAACGACGUCGUCGUGCUCCUCGUCGGACGCGGACGAGCUGGACGGAGUUCCGACGGAGUCAUACUGCGUGUGGCGGCCGAAGGAGGCGGCGGAGGAGGGGCGUUGCAAAAAGAGCAGCUCCACGGGGUCGAAUUCUAAGAGGUGGAAGUUUAGGGUUAAGGAUUUGCUGAAUCGGAGCCACAGCGAGGGGAGCAAGGACGAUUUCGUCAUUUUGAGUCCGAGCAACAGCGGGAGAAAGAAGCAGAAUGAAGACAGAGGCAAAGUCACGCCGGUGAGUGGCGGAAAGGUUAAGUCCGCGGCGGCGCCACCGCUCCCGCCCUUGCCGGUAUACGGUGGUGAGAAGCGGCGGUCGUACUUGCCGUACAGACAGGAUUUAGUGGGGCUUUUCGCGAAUGUAAAUGGACUGAGUAAGAAUUUGCAGCCGUUUUGAUUGCUUUAUUUAAUAUUUUCUCGUAUUUACUUGUUUAUUAAUGAGGUUUGAAACUUUGAGUUUUUUCUUUUUCUUUUUAGUUAGUGUGAAAUCAUGCUAUUACAUGUAUUUGUGUUAGAUGGUAGGUACAUGGCAUAUUCCAUUUUCCCUGUAAAUAUAUGCACUUGCUAUAUAUUUCUUAUCAUUUU